AUGUCUCAAGGGAACACAACAAAGGCAUCUGAGUGCUCUACUCCUGCAAUUCUGAAUAUGUCUGAUGAUAAUGGUCCGUCUGAGAUGGGUGUUGGUCAGCCAAUGGUUGUUGGCCGGAAGCUGCUUCCACCGAUUGUACCAGGUGAUGAACCAAUUUUUGUGUGUGAAAAGCAGUAUGCUGCUAUCCUUCGUCUGCGUGAACGCCGGCUUCGUAUCAAACAAGCAAGGGAGCAAAGGUUGCUCCAAGCCAAGAAGCUCCGCCCAAGAGGUCCUAAUGGGCGCUUUGUCACGAUCAAGGACAAUCAGGAAGGGCCCAAUGGAGGCAGCAUGGUGGAAUGGAACCCUGCCCUAACCAAUCGAUACCAGCAAGUGACCACUGUUGGCAGCGAGGCGCAAAGCAGCACCCCAUUAGGUUUCUAUUGGUAUGUUUUCACAACCAAUGAAGGUGGGGAAAGCAGCACCCCUGGAAUAGGCUUCUAUUAUCCCUUCAUCACAACCAAUGGCGGAGAAAAUGUUGGUGACGUGGCCUCUGGAAGUGAGGUGCCAAGCAGCAAUGCCCCAAGCGGCUUCUUUUGGCCCCUCAUCGUGGCCAGUGGAUACGAGGAAAACAUUGAUGAGGUCGCCUACGGCAGCAUGGUACCAAUCGGCACCCCUGCGGGAUACUUCUGUUGGCCCGUUGUUGCGACCAAUGAAUAUGGGGAAGACACUGGUGAGUCUGCCUAUGGGAGCGAGGCGCCAAUAGGCAACCCUGCAGGAGACUUCUGUUGGCCUGUUGUCGCAACCAACGACGAUGAGGAAAACGUCGGCGAGGUCGCCUACAACAGCAUCCUGAACCUCGAAUCACCUGAUCCCACCGAUCUCCUCAGGAUCAUGAUGGGCAACAGGUACAGCAUAGAUGAAGUCUCAGAGCAGUUCCAGAAUGUGGCCUGCCUCCAGGCCCCUGGCUUCACCACCCUCCUAACCGUCAUGAACAAUGCAGGGUAUGAUCCGGCUGCGGAUCAUGGCCCCUAUGAUGUGGACAAAGUAAUGACAAAGUUACAAGGGUGGUAA